AGGCAGUAGGAAGUUUCUGCUAGGGUCUGUAUUGGAGUUACACGCGCCGGACCCUAUCCUGUAUGAGUGGUGUCUGAGGAGAAAAAAAAGGAUUUCCCCUUUGUCUCAAAGAAUCUACAUGUCUAAUAUUUAGACAUGUUCAGCUUUGUGGAUAUUCGGUUAGCGCUGUUGCUCAGCGCAACAGUACUUUUGGCAAGAGGUCAAGGCGAGGAUGAUAGCACAUUUGGCAGCUGCUCAUUAGACGGACAGUUGUACAACGACAAGGAUGUAUGGAAACCAGAGCCCUGCCAGAUCUGCGUCUGCGACAGUGGAACCGUCAUGUGCGACGAGGUGAUCUGUGAGGACACAUCCGACUGCGCUGAUCCCAUCAUCCCAGACGGAGAGUGCUGCCCUAUCUGCCCCGACGUCGAUGGACCCCAGCAACCAGAACAGCCAGGAGAGAAGGGAGAAGUUGGCCCCAAUGGAGACACGGGUGCUAUUGGUCCCCCUGGCAACGAUGGACUGGAUGGCCAGCCUGGUCGUACCGGCCCUCCCGGCCCCCCCGGCCCCCCUGGCCUUGGCGGAAACUUCUCUCCUCAGAUGGGGUAUGUUGACCACUCCAAAUCCAGUGGCCCACCUGUCCCUGGCCCAAUGGGCCCCAUGGGUCCUCGUGGUCCUCCUGGACCCCCUGGCUCCUCUGGUCCUCAGGGUUUCAAUGGCCCCUCCGGAGAGCCCGGUGAGCCCGGAGCUUCUGGUGCCAUGGGUCCCCGUGGUGCCGCUGGACCCCUUGGAAAGAACGGAGAUGAUGGUGAGCCUGGCAAAGCUGGUCGCCCCGGUGAGCGUGGAGCCGCUGGCCCUCAGGGUGCUCGUGGAUUCCCCGGAACCCCCGGACUCCCCGGCAUCAAGGGACACAGAGGAUUCAGCGGUCUGGAUGGAUCUAAGGGAGAGGGUGGACCCGCUGGCCCCAAGGGAGAGGGUGGUGUAUCUGGUGAGAACGGUAUCCCCGGCGCCAUGGGUUCACGUGGUCUUCCUGGUGAGAGAGGCCGCCCUGGAGCUCCUGGCCCUUCUGGUGCUCGUGGUAAUGAUGGCAACAGUGGUGCUGCUGGACCCCCUGGACCUACCGGACCCGCUGGUUCCCCAGGUUUCCCCGGUGGUGCUGGAGCUAAGGGAGAGACUGGUGUUCCAGGAGGACGUGGAAAUGAGGGACCCCAAGGAGCCCGUGGUGAGUCUGGUAACCCAGGACCUUCUGGAUCCGCUGGAGCUGCUGGUGCCGCCGGAAGCGAUGGCUCAGCUGGUGCUAAGGGUUCUCCUGGUGCUGUUGGUAUUGCUGGUGCUCCUGGUUUCCCCGGAUCUCGUGGUCCUUCUGGAGCUCAGGGAGCUGUCGGUGCUCCCGGUUCCAAGGGAAACAACGGUGACCACGGUCUUCCUGGUCCUAAAGGAGAGCCUGGUGCCAAGGGAGAGUCUGGCCCCGCUGGAGUUCAGGGACUUCCUGGCUCCUCUGGUGAGGAAGGCAAGAGAGGAGGCCGUGGAGAGCCCGGCGGUGCUGGAGCCCGUGGACCCCCUGGAGAGCGUGGUUCCCCUGGUGCUCGUGGUUUCCCUGGUGCUGAUGGAACUGCUGGUGGAAAGGGAGGCCCUGGUGAGCGUGGCGCCAACGGUGCAGUGGGAGCUCAGGGAGCCACUGGUGAGUCUGGAAGCUCCGGUGGUCCUGGCGCACCUGGACCCAAGGGUAUGGCUGGUAGCCCCGGAAGCCCCGGUCCUGAUGGAAAACCUGGACCUGCUGGAGCCGCUGGACAAAUUGGACGCUCUGGACCUGCUGGCGCUAACGGAGCCAGAGGACAGCCUGGAGUUAUGGGAUUCCCCGGACCCAAGGGAGUUAAUGGUGAGGGUGGUAAGCCCGGUGAGAGAGGACCCGGUGGUGCUAUUGGUGCUGUUGGUGCUGCUGGCAAAGACGGUGACGUUGGUGCUCCUGGACCUUCUGGUAUCGCUGGACCUGCUGGAGAGAAGGGAGAGCAGGGACCUGCUGGUUCCGGUGGGUUCCAGGGUCUUCCCGGACCCCAAGGUGCUACUGGUGAGACUGGCAAGCCUGGUGAGCAGGGUGCUGGUGGUGAGGCUGGACCCCAUGGCCCAUCUGGACCAAGAGGCGACAGAGGAUUCCCCGGUGAGCGCGGUGCCACCGGCGUUGUUGGCCCAAUUGGAAGCCGUGGUGCUCCUGGCUCUGCUGGUAGCGAUGGAGCCAAGGGAGAGGCUGGUGCUGGUGGUGCCCCCGGUGGUCAGGGAUCCCCCGGUAUGCAGGGAAUGCCCGGUGAGCGUGGAUCUGGUGGUCUGUCCGGUCUCAAGGGAGAGAGAGGUGAGGCUGGAGGCAAGGGAGCUGAUGGUGUUGCCGGCAAAGAUGGCGGGCGUGGUAUGACCGGUGCUAUUGGAGUUCCUGGACCCCCUGGUGCUCAGGGUGAGAAGGGUGAGGGUGGAGCUGUUGGAGUUGCUGGACCCACCGGUCCUCGUGGUUCCUCUGGCGAGCGUGGAGAGAACGGACCUUCUGGACCUGCUGGAUUCGCUGGAUCUCCUGGUGCUGAUGGUCAGCCCGGUGCCAAGGGAGAGAGUGGUGACUCUGGACCCAAGGGAGACGCUGGUGCUCCUGGACCCGGUGGACCUGUUGGAGGUUCUGGACCUCAGGGACCUUCUGGACCCGCUGGACCUAAAGGUGCUCGUGGUGGUGCUGGAUCCCCUGGUGCUACUGGUUUCCCCGGACCUGCCGGCAGAGUUGGACCCUCUGGCCCAUCUGGAGCUGGUGGACCCCCCGGACCUAAUGGACCCGUUGGCAAAGAUGGAAUAAGAGGAGGUCGUGGUGAGCCUGGUCCAGCUGGUCGCCCCGGUGAGAGUGGUGCUAGUGGACCCGCAGGACUUACUGGAGAGAAAGGAUCUCCUGGUUCUGAUGGAGCCCCUGGUACCUCUGGUAUAUCCGGACCUCAAGGUAUUGCUGGACAGCGUGGUAUGGUCGGUCUCCCUGGACAGCGUGGAGAGCGUGGUUUCUCUGGUCUGCCUGGAACAUCUGGCGAGCCUGGAAAGCAGGGACCUUCUGGACUUCAUGGUGAGCGUGGACUCCCUGGACCUGCUGGACCCCCUGGACUGUCCGGUGCUUCCGGAGAGGCUGGUCGUGAGGGAUCCACCGGUAACGAUGGUUCCUCUGGUCGCGACGGAGCUGCCGGCCCCAAGGGAGACCGUGGUGAGUCUGGUAUGUCUGGACCCCCCGGACCCCCUGGUGCUCCUGGAGCCCCCGGAGCUGUCGGUUCCUCUGGCAAAGGUGGUGAUCGUGGAGAGUCUGGUCCCGCUGGUUCUGCCGGCCCUGGUGGCCCUGCUGGUGUCCGUGGACCCGCUGGCCCUGCUGGUUUAAAGGGAGACAGAGGAGAGGCUGGUGAGGCUGGAGACAGAGGACACAAGGGACACAGAGGAUUCACCGGCAUGCAGGGUCUGCCCGGCCAAUCUGGAACUUCUGGAGAGAGAGGACCUGCUGGUGCUUCUGGACCCGCUGGACCCAGAGGACCUUCUGGAUCUAAUGGCUCCCCUGGUAAGGAUGGCAUGAACGGUCUGCCCGGACCCAUCGGACCCCCUGGACCUCGUGGUCGCAAUGGAGAGAUGGGACCUUCCGGUCCUCCAGGAGUUCCCGGACCCGCUGGACCCCCCGGACCUCCCGGCAGUGGAUUCGACUUCAUCAGCCAGCCCAUUCAGGAGAAGGCACCCGAUCCCUUCCGUGGCGGCCACUACCGCGCUGACGACCCCAAAGUGAUGCAAGAUCGCGACAUGGAGGUCGACACCACCCUCAAGACCCUGACUCAGAAGGUUGAGAAGAUCCGCAGCCCCGACGGUACCCAGAAGAGCCCAGUCCGCAUGUGCCGUGACCUCAAGAUGGCCCACCCUGAGUGGAAGAGCAACAUGUACUGGGUUGACCCCAACCAGGGAUCCACUUUGGAUGCCAUCAAGGUCCACUGCAACAUGGAGACUGGCGAGACUUGCGUCUACCCCAGCGAGUCCAGCAUCCCCAUGAAGAACUGGUACCUCAGCAAGAACAUCAGAGAGAAGAAGCACGUCUGGUUCAGCGAGUCCAUGACAGGUGGAUUCCAGUUCCAGUAUGGCAGCAAUGGAGCUGAUUCCGAGGAUGUCAGCAUCCAGAUGACCUUCAUGCGCCUGAUGUCCAACCAGGCAUCUCAGAACAUGACAUACCACUGCAAGAACAGCAUUGCCUACAUGGACUCCGCCACCGGCAACCUGAAGAAGGCCCUGCUUCUCCAGGGAACCAACGAUGUUGAGAUCAGAGCCGAGGGCAACAGCCGCUUCACAUACAGCGUCAGCGAGGAUGGCUGCACGUCACACACUGGCACAUGGGGCAAGACAGUCAUCGACUACAAGACAUCAAAAACAUCCCGCCUGCCCAUCAUUGACAUUGCUCCUAUGGAUGUUGGUGCACCUGAUCAGGAAUUUGGCGUCGAAGUUGGCCCCGUUUGCUUCUUGUAAAAAGAAAGAAAUAUGGACAUGACAUUGUUGUUUUUUUUCUAGCAGUCAUCUCUAAAUCCUUUUUUCUAUGCAUUCAAAACUCAUUCGGCUGCCAUUGGUCCACAUGCUUAAAACCACUCUACUGAAGACGAUGUUUGUGUUUUUACAAUCAUGCGAAGUUUUUGGGACUGCUACUUCAACCAAAACCAACCACAAGGACACUUUAAAAAGAAUCGUUUGUUUCCACUGGCAACAAGAAAAUAAUAUAUACUUGUGUAAAAUUUCCCCCUAGAGAUUGAGAGAAAAAAAAAGAUCCACACACAAUGAAACACAGGUGACCUUUGCCAUUUUCUACCACUGCGGGAGGACAUUGAAAACAACAAGUGAUGUGUACCAUUUUUCUGGUGUUAAAUAAAUUGUAAAAAGUGUGAAGUGUCUUCUUGUAUUAAAUUCUUGUAAGGAACACCUAAACGUUGCUCAGACAAAGACCAGCAAAAGGGCAAAAAACAAAGAAGCUCACCUUCAUUGCAAUAUGUAGAUGGCUACCUCAAAACAAGAAAUCACCACCAUUUCUUUCUUAAACGAAAAGGGUAUAUUUUACACAAGUUUAUAAUGGGGAAAUCAAAAACAGUCAAAGGUGCUAUUACCAAUUCAAAGAGGUCCAGUUAUUGGUGUUUGAUGGUGAAACUCACUAUCAUACUGUAAUUAUUGCCACUAAUGCCUGCAGAACCUUUGGUGCUACUAAAUUGACUCAUUGUCUUGUUGUCUCUGCAGUGCAAUUGUUUUCUUCUAAAGUGUUCUGCAAAGGUGAUCACUGCAGAUGUAUUGCAUGCAAUCAUGUCUUUGCAGAUAAAAGCAAGUGACUCUGGUUCAAUAUAAUUUCCCUGCACAUUUGUUCAGUGUUGAUCCCUCUGUCUGUUUGCCCCCUGUGGAAAACUCCUCUUCACAAAAAAAAGAAAGAAAGAAACAGCACACAUCUCCCACCCUGUUGUUUAUGUUGUUUGUUGAUGUCUAUCGCGAAGGGUUUCUUAAAAAAUAAUUUGAAGCGGACCCACUUUCAUGGUUUCCAGGAGAGAUUCUGUACUUAUUUUGUACAUGUAUAAUAAAUUGAGAUGUUUUUAAUUAUUUUGGGUGCUGAAAUAAAGCAUGUGAAGUGGUCUAUUCA